AUGUCUUUAGUAUUUAUACUAUAUAGAACAUAUAUUCUCGCACAGAUCAUAUCAAGCUUUGAUGAAUUUAUGUUUGGAAACCCCUUCCCAGAUGUUGAUGAAUUGGAUUCGAAAAGACUGGCCAGAUGUCUUGGUUGGGAAAAGGGAGAAACCCAACAAUAUGCAGUACCAUUGGCAGUAUUCAGUCAAGAAGAGUUGGAGUGCCGACUGGGGUCUUAUAUUUUCCCAUUCCCUGUAGCAACGUGCACCGAAAGAUACCUUGGGUUUGGUGCCACAAGGAAUGGCAUAGAUCGACAGACCCCCAAGAUACUAAAUUCCAUUCGCUCCUCACUUGCCAAGUGGUCACCAUUCAGAGUAUCGCUGAGGGCAGCGAUGGCAAUCGUCAAAACAUACUCGCUAUCCAAGCUCACAUACUUUUUGUACAUCGAGUCACUAAAUACAGAAGAGAUUAGCGAACUGAACAGUUUAAUUAAUUGGUAUCUCUACUCGCCGUCAUCUUCUACUUACGUCAAAACAAAUAAAUACAAAAAUAGCAUAGCUCGCCCAAGAGCAGCACUACAUUGGACAAAGGGAGGCAUCGGCCUCUGGGACAUGGACGUCAGACAAGUUGCGCAAAAGGCAUGGACGAUGAAUCGUUUCCUUGCCGACCCUUCCAACAACCCCAUCUCGUACCGCAGGGUGUGGACCAACCAUAUACUCGGCGAGUACCUACGCCCAGGCACCCUCACCAACAGCUCCACAUACUUCCAAACAUGUUGGGAAGCAUGGUUACAGCUGUAUCGUGCCACGUACGACAAACCAUUCACCGAGUUUGGUCCCUAUCUUCCAAAACACAUCCCUGCCAAGGAGGGACCCGACCAGCCAAAUACACCAAUCGAAUUAAAGCAAAUCUACUCUGCUCUCCAAGCAACCAGACUACCAAAGGUCAACCAAAAGACCGUCGGUCAAAGAGAGAUCGAGGCUCUCUUUGGUACCAACAUCGAGCAAAUAUUUGCCGUCGUGGCAAGCGUCAAAUGCACGACAGCAAGAGACACCCUCUUUCGUUUCUUUGCCAGAAUAAUGAAACGUACCCCAGCUGACACCAAUACAAUAUGCUACGCAUGCCACACUGUAUUCGAUGGGGAUACACACACAUCUCCAAUCAUACACCAUUUGUUUGAAUGGGUCAGAGACAAGGCGUUAGAACCAACAGGUCGAAGUUUCGAGUCCCCCUUAGAGACCAAUCUCAAACGAUUCCGAUGGUGGCCAAUAAGUUAA